AUGGGGUUGCAGGAGUCAUGUAGGCUACCAAAACGGAAAAGGACUAGGAUGGCGAUCUGUACUUAUAACGCACGUACGCUUGCAUCGGAAGCGGCUAUCGAAGAUCUGAUGAUGCAAGCCAAGAAGAUCAAGUACGACGUCAUCGGACUGACCGAGACGAGACGACGUCACCCUCUCAACGCCGUAUAUGAAACUGGAGAAGAACUGUUCUUAGGAACAUGCGACAGUAGAGGUGUUGGUGGAGUUGGCGUCCUCGUCAACACGAGUAUGGCAAAGAACAUCGACUCUUUUGAACAACUUACGACCCGAAUCGGACGUCUGCGGAUGAGAAGAUGUGGCCCAAUACCAGCUUUGACUAUCUUCGUCGUUUACGCUCCAACAUCAAGCUACGAAGAAGAAGAAGUCGAAGCUUUCUAUAUGGACCUGGAGAAGUUCUACCAAGAAGAUCAUGCCUUCUACAAGGUCAUAAUUGGCGAUUUCAACGCUAAGGUUGGCCCAAGAAGAACGCCGGAGGAACUUCACAUCGGGACCCACGGCCUACAAUGGAAUGACCAGGGGGAGAGGCUCUCCGAGUUCAUCAUGACGACUAAGACCAUCCAUGGGAACUCGCAAUUUCAGAAGCCCUCUUCUUUACGCUGGACGUGGGAGUCACCCGCUGGAGGAUACCGUAAUGAAAUAGACCACAUCAUCGUCAAUAAAAGGUUCUGCCUGACGGACGUCGGUGUUGUACCAAAGUUCUAUACGGGAUCGGACCAUCGCCUCCUCCGAGGAAGAUUUUCCUUCACAAGGAGAGCAGAGAAAGCCGCCAAGUUCAGAGAGAGAAAUCCCAGGACUACCAUCAACUGGGAUCUCUUCGCUACGCUAGUCGGCUUUUGGGAAGAUUCUGCAAUGGACAACAUCGACGAGGAAUAUGACCGGCUUGUCGAACACCUUCACGACUGCGCGAAGAAGGCUGAGAGUUUUAAAACCACCAAGAGGCGUCUGUCUCUUGAAACUCUUGAGCUGAUACGCCAGCGUGGAGCAGCACGAGCCGCAGGGAACCAAGAACUCACGUCCGAGCUCGCAAGGCUUUGCCAAGAGGCGAUAAAGGAAGACCUUAAAGAGAGAAGAGCAGAAGUGCUGGCUGAAGCUGCAGAGGCGGGGAAAAGCAUCCGCUAA